GCUGAUCUCGAAGACCUGGAGAAGAAAUCAGUCCUGAAGCGAGGCAUUGGGGAUAUGGGUCCUAUCAUUAAAAAGUACACUGGAAGGAGUGCCUGGGACUACAAUGGCUAUGGGUGUUACUGUGGGUACAGAGGCUCCGGGACUCCCGUGGAUAGUACAGACAGGUGAAUUAGAUGUUCUCUACUCUAAUCUACUUUAAAAGUGUGGUACUGUGUCAACUGGUUAUCAGCACUCUAUAUAUACAGUGCAUUGAUAAAUCAAGUAACUCUCUCUCUCACUCACUCUCUUUCUCGUUCUCUCUCUCACUCACUCUCUCUCUCUCUCUUUCUCUCUCUCUCUCACUCACUCUCUCUCUCGUUCUCUCUCUCUCUCUCUUAAUGGUUCAACUUUUCUUACCCAGUGCAUUAUCAACGUCUAUCACGCCAUCACUACCCAGUGCAUUAUCAACAUCUAGCACGUCAUCACUACCCAGUGCAUUAUCAACAUCUAGCACGUCAUCACUACCCAGUGCAUUAUCAACAUCUAGCACGCCAUCACUACCCAGUGCAUUAUCAACAUCUCUAGCGUCAUCACUACCCAGUGCAUUAUAAACAUCUAGCACGUCAUCACCACCACUACCCAGUGCAUUAUCAACAUCUAGCACGUCAUCACUACCCAGUGCAUUAUCAACGUCUAGCACGCCAUCACUACCCAGUGCAUUAUCAACAUCUAGCACGUCAUCACUACCCAGUGCAUUAUCAACAUCUAGCACGUCAUCACUACCCAGUGCAUUAUCAACAUCUAGCACAUCAUCACUACCCAGUGCAUUAUCAACAUCUAGCACGUCAUCACUACCCAGUGCAUUAUCAACAUCUAGCACGUCAUCACUACCCAGUGCAUUAUCAACAUCUAGCACGUCAUCACUACCCAUUGCAUUAUCAACAUCUAGCACGUCAUCACCACCACUACCCAGUGCAUUAUCAACAUCUAGCACGUCAUCACUACCCAGUGCAUUAUCAACAUCUAGCACGUCAUCACCACCACUACCCAGUGCAUUAUCAAUUUUUUACUCAUUUUUGCAGAUGCUGUAUGGAACACGAUCAGUGCUACACAAGGACAAGUUGUGGGCAAUCCCAUAUUCAGGCGCCAUCAGUAGACUGCAGUGGGGCAGAUUGCGUUUGCACCAGUAAGUUAUUAAGCCCCCCCCCCCCCCCCUCUUCUUUCAGCUUAAUAAUAAACCAAACAAGACUGUAUUAUAUAGAGAGGGGUUAGCCAUUUCUUUCACUUCAAUUCUAGAUUUAGCAAAUGUUUGGAUCUUAAAAUUUUAAUCUCUCAUUGUGAAUCUGGUCAUUGAUGCUUUUUACAUAUAUAGAGAUUGUUUGUAUAAAACAAGUAGCUAAAAUGUGGCACAGAUUAGAGUACGUAUCAGACGCUUUCAGAAAAUCUCAAAUGACAAAGUAUAAAAAAGUAAAAAAAUUAAUUUAUGUACAUCAUGGCACAGUGCACACCUCAAAUAACACUUUUUCUUUAAAAAAAAACAACAUAUCUUUAAAAGGAUUGAAUAUAACCUGUUUGAGAACUUUUUUGAAGCCCAUUCUUCAAAUGACAUCAUUAGAAGCGCUUUAAAAAAUAAUGAUAUCUUUUUCAAAUGAGAUAUUAGUGUCCCACACGAGGUAGGGGCUCAAAUCCCUGGAAUAAAUAUUCUGUCUAAGAGAACGAUAUUUAAUUUUUUUUCGGCGGUCUUGUAUGCUAAUCCCUUCUCAAAUAAAUGAUGUAAUAGGAACGUUUAUAAAUUCAAUACUGCAGAAGCUAUUUGAGUAUCUAAGAAUGUUUGUUUUUUUAAUAUUAUUAAGCCACCUUUUUCUAGCUUUCAUUGGUUUUAUAACUAUGAUGUAAUUCUUAGGUCCACGAGGCAAAUGUAGGUAUGAAUCCUGCGCGUGCGAUGUUGCGCUUGGUCAAUGCCUGGGUCGGGCAACGUACAACAGUGCAAAUAAAAACAGAUGUUAAGACCAUGUCUUCUGCCCAUCUUCUGACCAGGAUCACUACUCGAGGUCCGAAACGCAUUGAAACUUUAUCAAAUAAAAUACAAAUUAUCUGUGCUGUUAUAGAACAUAAUAAAUUAAUGUUUUCGCUUGUCUGUAACGUCUACAUUGAAGCUGUUACGCACCGCUAUAGUGUCAAGAAUGUAUUCUCUUAUUUCAAUAUGUAUUGAUCGUGACAAACAGCACACAGCAAAGGACGAUACCAUUAAUUAAAUACAGCAAUAAAGAACGAUACCCAAAAUAGGGCUGAUUACAAAUAAUAAUUUAUUAAGUAAAUUUAAAAUUACA